UUGGAAGCACGUGAGUAAACAGAAGAAAACAACAGCCUUGCUCGUUCGACAGAAAAGAGUCGCCAUUAAACGAUCUGUUUGAACCAAGAACGCAAAACAAAUUUGAUCUUUUAGAGAAACAUGACUCGUAAAAGAAGUAUCGUUUGGAGUUACUACAAAGAUAUCUGUCCCAAAUCGGUUGUGUGCGUUCUCUGUAAAGACAUACUAUUCAAACACGAACAGGGCAGCACCACGAGGAUGUGGCGUCAUUUGCGGACUCAACAUCCAACCGAAGCGAUCAUGGCCGCCCAAAGAGAAAGCCAGAGAACCGACAAUGUCUUCAGCCGUGAACAGGAGCCUGUAGAAAUCGACGAAGCGCAAGUGGAAGUGGAACUGGAGGAGGAGAAUCCUGACGCUGUCACUGUGAAUCAAAAUGAAGUUGAUUCUGCAAUAAAUGGCAUCCUUGUAGCAGUAAAAAGAGACGAGCCCGUCAAAGAAACGCCAGCAGAGACAACAGUAGAAGUGAACGAACAACAAUGCCCGGCUGGUCAGUAUCCUCGUCGCAGCCUGAUCUGGAAACAUUUUAAGCCUUUGCCCGAUUUGAACGCUGCUCAGUGUCAGAUUUGCAAGAAGAAGAUCAUGUGUACUGAAGGCAGGACCAGCAACUUGUACCGGCACAUGGCAAAGACCCACCCGCAUGUGAAUCCACGAUCAGGUGGAAUUGUGAAUGAAGCUGACCGUAAUUCUGAUUCGCGCGGUGUCCUCGAAGCAGACAGAGGAGAACCCGUGGAGGAAGCAGGACAGGAAAAAGAAAAAGUCGUGGUUGAAAAUCCUCUCAGUUCAAGGAGUACAAUGCACCGGCGUAGCUCCGUCUGGAAACAUUUUAAGCCUUUGGGAAGUCCGGAUGUUGCCCAAUGUUUGAUUUGCAAAAAGACCAUUCGAUGCAUCGACGGCAAGACCAGCAACCUGCACCGACACAUAUCCAAGAGCCACCCAAAGGCGAGUCGGCAAGCGGCCAAGGUGCUGAAGCCGACCAAACCCAGCUCACCCUCAGACACUUCCAGUAAUCUUCAGGAGCCAUGUCCCAUGGAAGUCAUGGACAAUGAAGAUAUUACAGACGAGGUCAAUGACUCAAAGGUAACAUCCGCAGAGAGGCGCAUUCUCAAAAGGGAGCAGGAGUUGAUUGAAGCUUUGAGGAGGACGCAGAGGGAGGAGGCUAAAGCUCUGGAGCAUCAGAGGGAACUCAUCGAGAGUCUGCGGGGAGUCAACGCCAGAGAGGCUGCCAUGGAGAAGAAGCAAAUCGAGUCUCUCAGGAGAGCGCAGCAGGAAGAAGCCAAAGAUUUGAUGAGACAGAGGGAAGAGCUGGAGACAGAAAGGGCAGAGCAGCAGAAGAGGCGGGAGGAGCUUGAGCAGGAAAAGAAACAGUUGCUCAUGUUUUGUCAAGAACCUCCAAUUCCAGCCUUGGUUUCCCAACCAUGAGUUGUUUUGUUUUUAUUUUUUGCCGGUACCAUUGCGAUCGACACACUUGAGGGGCAUUUUUAUAGAGUGUUCACAAAAAACCCUGCCGUUUUUUAGCUUUGGGUUACAUUCUAUAAUGUACUAGGAUAUUGAUAUGUGAUCUUAAUUUGACUUUUGCAGAACAGUUGAAUGUAUAUGUACUAUUAUUACUCUUUUAGUAGUUUUCACUACUUGCUGAUUGCUAACAAGGAGAUGAACGACCAAAUAAAUCCCCUGGUUGAAUUACA